CAAAGGCGAAAAGAUCUAUCCAGCUCCAGCUAAACUCCAAGAGGAGAGAGAGAGGGGCAGCGAUUCAAUCAUAUGCAGAGCAGAGAGGUGAGAGGCUCUGAUUGGUUCUCCUUCUCUCUGACUUGAUCUGGCGAUUCUCUGGUUUCCGCGGGAAACCUUCUUCGUUGAUCCUCCCUCUCUCCCCUCUCUUUGUUUGUUUGAUUCCGUCAUGGCGAUUCUGUACGCACUGGUGGCGCGUGGGACGGUGGUGCUGGCGGAGUUCACCGCGACGUCUACGAACGCGAGCACGAUCGCCAAGCAGAUCCUGGAGAAGGUCCCCGGGAACAACAACGACAGCAACGUCUCCUACUCUCAGGAUCGCUACGUCUUCCACGUUAAACGCACCGAUGGCCUCACCGUCCUCUGUAUGGCCGAGGAAACCGCCGGCAGGAGGAUUCCGUUUGCGUUUCUGGAGGAUAUUCACCAGAGGUUCGUGAGGACUUACGGCAGGGCAGUUCAUACAGCACAAGCUUACGCCAUGAACGACGAGUUCUCCAGAGUUCUCAGUCAGCAGAUUGAGUAUUACUCUAAUGAUCCUAACGCCGAUAGGAUUAAUCGGAUUAAGGGUGAAAUGAGUCAGGUGCGUGAUGUGAUGAUAGAGAACAUUGACAAAGUUCUAGAUAGAGGUGAACGCUUGGAGCUACUUGUCGACAAAACCGCCAAUAUGCAAGGGAACACAUUCCGUUUCAGAAAGCAAGCUCGCCGUUUCAGAAGCACCGUCUGGUGGAGAAACUGCAAGCUCACGUUCCUUUUAAUACUAGUACUACUGGUGAUCAUAUAUAUUGCCGUGGCCUUUGUCUGCCACGGACCUCUUCUACCAUCUUGCAUUUAAGUAAGUGGCAUCUAUAUCAUAAGGAACCUUGCUUGUGAUUUCAAAUCCUUAUGUUUAAAAAAACAAGCAUGUCUUACACCCACCUAUAUGGAAGUAUUCUUAUUUUAUAGAUCAAUGUGAAAGCUCAUUGCUUUGCGAAAAAUUGCAAGCUGUGUGUGAACUUGUGCUGUCAUCAUGCUCUAUAACUAUUUACAUAGUGUGAGUAAUAACAGGCUUGAUUCGUUUAUACAAGUUUUUGUAACUAA